AUGGCCGACGACAACAACAAUAAAUACCAACCUCCGCCAGGGCCGCCGCCGUCGUACCCUCCACAAGUCCACCACGAUGCCGGCCCUUACUAUCCACCGAACGGAACCAACGACCAGAACCGCGGGCCCAACAAUGGCUACUACCAACCGCCUCCGCCGCAGGGCUGGGGACCAGGCAGUCCAGGAGGCCCCUGGCCUCCGCAGGGCCAACAGCCGUACGGACCGCCCCAGCCGGGCAUGUAUUACCAACAGCCGCCUCCGCCGGUAGUAUACUAUGAAGACAGAAGAAAUGUUGACCCUGCCGCCGAAGGAUGCUGCGCUGCGCUAAUGGCUUCGCUGGCGUGCUGUUGUUGUUUGGACAUGUUGUUG